UAUAUUAUAUUACAACUUUAUGUACGGUAUUUAUUUUGGGGAAAAUUUUAGGAGGCACAGAAAAUUAGGACAAACAUCUUUGGGAAAACGCGUCAUAGAUGCCCCGGAAAUGUUCCUUUGACUCCAUGACGACAAACUUUAGUUAAACAAAAUUUGAUUGGAGAUUUAAAUGCAAGCUAACCAAUGAAAAUUUGUUUGAUAACUGGUGCUGCGUUGAGCUGUUUAGGUAGCAACGCAUCGAUUCACAGUGGUGUCGUGUUUUUCUGCUUCAUUCUGGUCUCUGAAAAAAUAAAUUGCAAGUAUUUUAAAGAACUACCUGAUAUUUCACUAUCUCAUUGCUCUUAAUAAUACCCAUUAUGCAUGAAAUAGUAUUUUUUUGUAUUUGCCCCAUCUAAACUAUCUACUAGUGUGUAGACUUUGCUUUGUACUAGUUUUAGUGUAGUGUGGGCUACUGUACUUUACUUAUUACUUAGUAGAGUGAGAUGAGAAUAAAAUAAAACUUUAACUUUAAUUACUCUAUUGCUCUACUAUAAUUUAAUACACCUUGUCUUCAUAUAGUUGUCAUAGUAAGCCGCCUAAAUCACAAUUAUUGCAUAAAAUAGGACAACUGAUCUGAUUAUAAAUUAGAUUCACAUUAUUCAUUUAAAUUCAGUUAGACAUAACAUUAACAUGAUUCAUGAUUAUUAGGAUAAUCUGACAUCCUUUAAAAAAUAUUUUGUAAUAAUAUUUUUUUUUAAAUAGUAACCAACCAAAGUCCUAAGUACAAUUAUUAGUUUUAUUAAUUAAAUAUACAUGAUUAUUAUUAUACAAUUGAGGGCAUGUCUGUCUUUAUUACAAUAAUUGAUGAGGCUAUUUUUUCAAUUUUGUUUUAUUUAUGUAAGCCUGUUUAUCAUUUGAUAUUCAGGGCUCUAAAAUUGUUAUACAAAUUAUAAAGUUUUCAAAUUCAAUUUAAAAUUAUCUAAUCUGUUUAAAAAAUUUAAAACAGUUUUACUAAAACUGAUGUAAUAGUAGGCCUAUAUAGGAUUCCAAAAAAGGUAUUUCCUAGACCAAUUCAUUAUAUAAAAAAUCUAAAAAAUAAAUAUUUUUACCAUCUUUCCUUUUAAAGCUUAGAAUGUAAACUGAGAUUCCUUCAACCUGUAAAUGCUACUGCUUUUUAUUUUAUAAUUGAAUUUUUGCUCGUUGGUAAUCAUUAAUCUAUUUUCAAAUUAUUAUGUACGGUAUGUAAAUGACAAAAAAUCCUUAAAUUAUUUCACUACAUUCUAAUAAUUUAUUAUCAUAACAAUGCGUUUGCCAACCAUAAAUAUGUGCAUUUGAAAUAUUUGAUUUAAUUUAUUAUUAGAAUCAUGGCAACAGAGGUCAGACAGGUUGUAAGGCAUCAGCCAACAGACUGGUUUACAGAACUAUACACACAGUCAACAAAUGCUGAACGUCAGAGGUCUGCUUCCCAUGAGGUAUGGUUUAAAUACCUUCUUUUUUUUAUUUUUGUAAUAAGAUGAACUUUUAUUAAUUAUCUGUAUGAAUGGUUCUUCUUUGCAAUCUUUCCUCUUAGUGAUGCAUUGUUGGCCAUUCAAAAAUUCUUUCCCACUAUCUCUGUUUUUCUAGCUCAAGCCACUUCUUCUUAUUUUUCUUACUCUCUCUGUUGAAACCCUUUUUACAUGUGUUUUGUGGUCUUCUUGUCUUUCUAUUGCUCUGUGGAUUCAUGCAAAGGAUCAUCUUAUAAUAUUCCAUUUUGGUUUCCUCAGUCUGUGGCAAGUCAAUCUGUAUUUCAAGCUUCACAGUUUUUUUCUUAUCUUCACCAUAUGAUCUUUUUGAAAAUCAAAUUUGAGACCAUUACUUAUGGUACUUAAUGAAAAAAAAAGUUUAUGUUCAUAUAUUUUUAUGUUUUUUAAAAGACUUCUAAAAUCUCAUAGCUAUUUCAUGUUUUCAUUUGCUUAUUAUUUAAGUAUCUAUUCUUAAGGUGCGUCAAGAAUCAAGAUUUCUACGCAAUGAGACAGACAGUCAGACCAAGUGGGAUCAGUAUUCUAAUGAUGUCAGGCUUGCUGACAGAGUUGAUCACAUUAGAAAGUGGAAGGAAAUUCUUGAAAGAACUUUAGGUCAGCUUGAUCAAGAAAUAGCUGAUCUCUCUGAAGCAAAAGAGUUAACAGAACAGUCAUUAGAGGCUAAAAAUCUACCUACUGAUGUUAAUAUUGAAUGCCUAACUUUACGAGAAGGCCGUAGAAAUAUUGAUGUUGUACAAGAUGAGCCAGAAAAUCAGUUGCAUAAGGUAACUUUUAUGUUGACUCGUUAUUGUUAAAAUGAAGAAUUAACUUCUAAUAAUUAGUCACUAUAAUUGUGCUCAUAAGUUUCCAUGUUUAACUCUCUCAUUUGAUCAAAAGGAAGCUGAAGUCAUUGAUGGUAUCAAGAAAACCCUGCAGCAAAGGAUCUCAGACUCAUUUGAGCAGCUUUGUCUGCUUCAGGAAGCAAGGCAACAAGUACAAGCUGAUCUCCAGGAUAAAAACAUUGCUCUUGGCAUUGACAUUGACCAGUACAACUUGUCUGACAGAUCUCCUAACAUCAGCUACAAACCUGACCCUCUACGUGUUCCUAAAGGGUAAUAAGUUGUUUUUAAAAGCUUUUGAAAUUUAUAUAUUCAAAGGGGCUGGAGCUAGAUGUGUCUUCAACUUCCUGUACAAUUUCAUUUAACAAAAAAUAUAGAAGAUAAUUUUAUUUUUGUAUAUUUAAACCAUGCUGCCUUUCUUGCCUUGAAAUCUAGAAGAACCCUAAUGUCAUUGAAAAAUUACAUAAUUAUUGAUUUCAAUGUAAAUGACAGAAGUACCACCCCUCAGCAAUGGGAAGAUUUUAGCCGAUACAACAAAGAAAGAGCUGAUGCUGAGAUGAAGUCAUCAAACAGACUUCGGGAGCAAAUCCACCAUACUCUACAGCAAACUGCCAAUGACUUGGAGGCACAGAAACAAGCCACAGAAUAUGCUUUCAGGAAGAGGAUCCAUGAAUUUGAAAGAGCAAAAGAUGAGCUGGAGUGGCAGAAGAAGAAUGUAAGAAUAUCUAAUCCAAACUGCUAACCCAAAAAUUGCAUAUUCUCAGUGGAAUUUGUUAUAAAAUAAAUAAUAAUAAUAAUUUGGAUAGAAGAUGCAGAUUUUUAAAGGUUAUUUUUCUUAAUUAAUUUUUAGUUUAAAUUGUGCCCCAAAAUGUAUUGAUUUGAUCUUUGACAUAUCUGUCAUAGAAAGCUGUAAUUUUCAGCCAAAGCUUGUUAAUAGUUAUAUAGUUUGUUUACGUACAAGUCAGCAUGUUUAAGGAAUCCACUUUUUUUUCUAGACUGAAGAGGAGAUUGCAGAAAUUGAGAAUGAUAUUCGAGGCAUUGAAGAAGCAAUCAGAAACAAAAUCCGGCCUACCAAAAAGGCUGAAACUAGGCUUGAGAACAGGACAUACCGCCCCAAUGUAGAGUUAUGUCGUGAUGCUGCCCAGUACGGCCUCUGUGAUGAAGUCAAGCAAUUAUAUGCCACUAAACAUGCUUUGGAGGAGAAACUCAAACAAGCCCAGUAAGUGAACAUUAAACUCUUGGCAGGAGUUUGUUGACAUAAGUCUUUACAUUUUCUUAAAACACACAUUUCAAAUUCAAUGAUGUAACUGCCCCAUCUUAACUAUUUCAGCAUUUAAUUUGGCUAACUGGUAUGUUUUGUUAAAAAUGUGUCAAAUCACAUACAUAUGUACUAAUUGUUUAUAUGAUGCAGUCCUAUUUUUACAUAUGAAAGGCAUAGAAUUAAUUUAUUUCACAAAGGAAUGUACAAUAAAGUUGAAACAUUUACUAAGAGAAAACAAGACAAAAUAGUAAAUAAUUAAUUUUUAUUGAAAACAUAAAGAAAAUGAAAUAAUAUAUUAAAGAAAUCUUUAAAUUGUGUUGACCAUUAUAGUGAAUGUUUGCUGCCUUUAUACUAUAUGGAUUAAAUUUUUUCUUACUGAGCCCCAUUACUACUUUGAUAGUCUGAGAAAAUUUGACAGCCACAUAGAAAUCUCUUACGUUUAUUUAAAACUUUUAAAGUAAUUAUCUAAAAUUACUCCUUGCGUUUCAGGUUCAUUUCAUGAAUUAAACAAAUUUCCAGUAUAAACUGACUUACUUUUUAAAAAGUAACGUUCACGAAAAAAAUAUAAUUUGAAAUUUAAUUUUUAUUUAUUUAUAACUCAUCUUUGUAUUUUGCUUGCCUCUCAUACAUUUAUUUAUUUGAAACUCUCAGGCAUGCUCUUGAUGGUCUGCAAAAGAAUCUUCACCGCUUGAAUGAUGACAUUGCUCUGAAGACGCAGUCCCUACGCCUGGACAACCAGUGCAUGGGCACGCGUCAGAAACUAAACCCACCAGGCACAACGCAAGUAGAACACAACUUGACCCUCACUGGGAUUGAGAGGAUGAAGUCUGCAAUUUUAGCUUAACAAUGGCCCUGGCAAGCAGGCAUAAUUGUUGAAUAUUUUAAUUCAAGUUUGAAUUAUCACUAAAUUUAAACAUGUCAGAUUUAUAACAACAGGCAGUGGGAAUUUUAAAAAAAAAACAUUUUUAAAUAUAUUGUUUUUGAGUUUAGAAAUGCAACACCCCAUUCUAAUUUCUGUAGUAAAAGGAUUUUUAUUUUCAUGCACAUUUUUCUAAAUUGUUUUUUUUUUUUUUUUUGCCUACAAGUACAAGAUGUUGUCUAAAUCUUAACCCAAAAGUUUUUUUUCCCCAGCAAUGUAUACAUUCUCUCUCCUCUAAUACUGUUGAUUUUUUUUUUUUUUUUUUUUUUUGUCUACAAUUACAAGAUGUUGUCUAAAUCUUAACCCAAAUGUUUUUUUUUCCCAGCAAUGUAUACAUUCUCUCUCCUCUAAUUCUUUUUAUUUUUUUUUUUUUUUUAUGUUUGCAUAGCUGAACUAUAAUAUGUGUUAUGUGUAGAAUUAUUUUUAACUCCCUUUUUAUUUAUAACUUUUCAAACAACAUCUUUCAAUGUAAAUAUAUCCUACAAGUACAAGAUGUUGUCUAAAUCUUAACCCAAAAGUUUUUUUUCCCCAGCAAUGUAUACAUUCUCUCUCCUCUAAUACUGUUGAUUUUUUUUUUUUUUUAUGUUUGCAUAGCUGAACUAUAAUAUGUGUUAUGUGUAGAAUUAUUUUUAACUCCCUUUUUAUUUAUAACUUUUCAAACAACAUCUUUCAAUGUAAAUAUACUGACUUAAUUUUUUAUUUGGGUGUCAUGUCAUACUAUUAUUAUUAAAACGUAGUCAGGAUAAAAAGAAACAAAAAUUAUCAUUGCAAGUGCCAUUAUUCCGAACACUUCGGAUUGUUUCAGUAAAAUAAAUACUUUAUUAAAACUUUUCUGAUUAAUUUAGUAGAAAAAAAACAUUUAAAAAAUGCUUCAAUGCUUUUUAUGAUUGAACAAUUUUUAUAAGUCUUUACAAACUUAAAACAUGCAUUUUUAUAUUCCUUUAUUUAAAAUCUAAACUAAUUUAUUAAAACUUCUCCAAAUGCACUUGCACAAGAUGAUAUUUACUUACUCUAUUUGUGGCUCCCAUUUUAAUGUCUUAUCACUUAAGAGUGCUACAAUGCCCAGAAUGUGUUGAUAUUUUCCAUUGAUUAUGUGUUUAUUAACAUGUGUGUAAACAUUUCAAGAUCAGUAGAGAAACUUUAGUGGCAUGUAGCACUUUGAUAAAUGGACAAGCUACUUAGUGGGUAAUGUAAUGGGCUGAACAGUAUUACUCUUUCAUAAAAAUAUAUGUUUAUAUGUAUAUUAAUGCUUUGUGUUUAACUGUGUAAAGGUCGCCUUGACCUGUUCCUGGCCAUGCUCUUAGGAAUAAAUUUAAGUAGAGAGAUAAAUUGUAAAAAAACAAAAUAGUUUUUCCCAAUUUAAUAAAACAAUGACUUUCAAUAUUUUAACAUUAAAAAUACGAAAGCCUUUAAAAUGUAAUUCUGCUGAAUAAGCUUUAAAAAUGACUUUUUAAAAAGUUUUGUGGUUGAUUUUUGUAACAAUAAAAUCUCACAUUGAAACAUUUCAUAAAUGGAUGAUAUAUAUUGUAAAAGAAAUAUAUAUAUUUUUUUUAAAUGGCUCGAUGAUAUAUAAAAACAACUGAUUUUUUAAAUUUCUAUUCCAACCUCAAUAAAGAUUUCAUCUCAUUUAUUAGUUUUCAGUUUUGCUUCCGUUCCAUCAGGCAUCACAAGCCAAAAGCAAUUUAUUUC